AUGAACGAGGAGAUCCCCGCAGCCGAGACCCUGGACAAACCUCAACCUCCAGCUGAUGAAUCGUCAAUUCGUGGAUUCCAGUGGUGGAGAAGAACUUUUCAGUACAAUACGGGCAUCGGACUAACUGGCACAGAGAAGGAUCAAUAUGAAAAUGACUACAAAUACGUUUUACAGCGUAAGCAGUGUAACGAAUGCUACCAGUACCGAGAUUGGCUUUUGAAAUAUUCUCCAACGGUCAUUUUUAUGGCUCAACAGAUCGCCAGAUUGAACACUAGCAGUGAUUCAACAAAAGAGAGUAACGGGUCUGAAUAUAAAUUCGACGAGUCCAAAAUUAUCUGUGACGUUUGUCCAGAGUGGAGAAGUGGUGGGUUUCACCCAGAACUGGGGAUAUUACUCUGCCAAAAUAGAAUUCGUGAUAAAUGGCAUUUGGAAGAUACUCUAGCGCAUGAAAUGGUCCACUACUACGAUAACACGCGGUGGAGUGUAGAUUGGCUAAACCUAAGGCACCACGCUUGCUCUGAAAUUCGAGCUUCAAGUCUAAGCGGCGAGUGCCGCUUCAUGCAAGAAUUUGCUCGGCGUGGUCUAGGCUUCAAAGUGAGCAAUGGCCAUCAAGAAUGUGUUCGUCGGAGAGCUACGCUCAGUGUUAUGGGCAAUCCGAGUUGCAAAGAUCAAAAACAUGCCGAAAAAAUUGUCAGCGAGGUUUGGGAUAGCUGUUUUAGUGAUACGCGGCCCUUUGAAGAGAUCUACCGCUGA